AAGUUCGAGUUACGCCUCAUCGACAUCGUUGAUUUCGCCCUCGCCAUCGUCCUCAACAAUGGCUACACGUCGGAUGGUGCCCCCGCGCACUCGUACAAUGAGUACAAUGCACCCGCCAUCCUCACACUCAAAUCGACCGAGGUCUGCCAUGGCAAAACCCACCUCCACUCAGCGCUCUGCCCUCGCCACACCUACUGAGGACUCUUCCGAAGUAGGCCCCUCUAUACCCAGACUUGUUAGAACAAAUGCAGGCUCAGAUGAGGGAGAAACGAAUAUUCAAGUCGUCAUCCGUUGCAGGAGGCGAUCAGAACGAGAAAUCCAAGAGAAUUCGCCCAUUAUCGUGACAACCCAUGGGGCGAAGGCGCAAGAUAUAACGAUCGAGACAGCUACGCCUGUAUCUAGCCUAGGUGUGAUCACCUUACCCCCUACUCGCACAUAUCCUUUCGACAUGGUCUUUGGUCCUGAGGCAGACCAAGCCCUGAUAUACCAUGAAGUCGUCAACCCCAUGCUCAACGAGGUCUUGGCUGGUUACAACUGCACUCUUUUUGCUUAUGGACAGACAGGUACAGGAAAAACGUACACAAUGCAAGGUGACCUCGCACCUACACCAAUGGGAAACCCUUCAUCACACGCCGGAAUGAUUCCCCGAGUCCUAUUCCAUCUCUUCCAUCAGUUGGAGACAUCUGGUACUGACUACAGCGUCAAGAUAUCAUUUGUCGAGCUCUACAAUGAAGAGCUUCGCGACCUCCUUGCGCCUGAUCUUUACGCCCCAGUUGGAACCGUCCAACCGAUGGCAUUAGGUUCUUCCAAGGAUGGCGGCAACCAAGGCGGUCUCAAGUUAUUUGAUGACUCCAACAAGAAAGGUGUCUUUAUACAAGGCUUAGAAGAAACUCCCGUGAAGGAUACCGCUGACGCUUUGGCCCUUUUAACGAAGGGAAGCCAUCGAAGGCAGAUCGCCGCCACAAAGUUCAAUGAUCAUUCCAGUCGUUCACACUCCGUUUUCUCGAUUACCGUCCAUACGAAGGAAACAUCGGCAAUGGGCGAUGAUCUUUUGAAAGUCGGGAAGCUCAAUUUGGUUGAUUUAGCCGGAUCUGAGAACAUCGGCAGGUCAGGUGCAGAGAACCAAAGAGCCCGAGAAGCUGGCAUGAUCAACCAGAGCUUGCUCACCUUGGGACGAGUAAUCAACGCUCUUGUUGAUAGGUCGUCACAUGUGCCUUACCGUGAAUCCAAAUUAACUCGUCUCCUUCAAGACUCCCUUGGAGGACGAACGAAGACAUGCCUUAUCGCCACCAUCUCACCCGCUCGCUCCAAUAUGGAGGAGACAUUGUCCACCCUCGACUACGCCCUCCGUGCCAAGUCCAUCCGCAACAAACCAGAAGUAAAUCAACGCAUGUCUCGAAAUGCUCUUCUGAAAGAAUACAUUGCCGAGAUUGAACGGCUCAAAGCGGACGUUCUUGCUGCUCGCGAGAAGAAUGGCAUAUUCUUUUCAGAGGAGACUUGGCAACAGAUGACAAUAGAACAAGAACUCAAGGAAACCGAGAUGCAGGAAACCAAGAAACAGGUUGAGAUCGUCGAGAACCAGCUUCGGAACGUCCGUGAAGAGUUCGAGCAAAGUAUUGGAUUGCUCAUGAAGAGGGACGGAGAGCUCAGAGAGACCAAGGAGAAGCUGAUGGAGACUGAGUCGGAGUUGGUCAUGAAAGACGGCCAGCUUCGUGCAGUCAAAGGAGCUUUGGAGGAGGAAGUCGUGGUAAGACAGGCGUACCAAGAGACUGAGACUGUUCUCGACGCCGUUGCGACUGAACUAAAGCAAGUUGCACAUCAGAGUGUCAAUGACCUGGGUCGUGUCUUCGGCAAGCUGGAACGCAAAACUUCGGUCUUCCAAGCUAACUCGAAAGCCGUAUCCACACACUCCCAGACUAUCAGCUCGACAGCUCGAACAGCCUCAACACAACUGGACGAUUUCGUGAAGAUCUCCAAACAGCAUGUCCAGCAGCUCAAAUCGGAAGCCGAACAACACAAGACGAAAGAACUGGAAACUCUGGCCAAUGUCUCUGCACGAAUCAAUGAGCAAAUCGAAAAGAUCCGCGAUGCGCUCAAGAUCAUUCACUCCAAAGAUCAGGUCUCGGACGAGGCGCUGAGCUCCAUCCAAUCUACGGUCCAGGAAACACAAGACGGUAUUAAAUCCAGCUUCACCACAUGGGCGGAGGACCUUCGACAACACACUGAAACUACGUGCAAGACUGCAGAGGAAUCAAACGCUGCGUGUGUCGCAACCGUCGAGACGGCUUUCAAGUCCUUGGGCUCCAUCACUCACUCAUUGCUGCAGCAGGCCCAAGGACGCAUUGUAACUGAACGGAAGUCCCUGCUCGAAGUCAAGGCGCUAGCAGAGAGCACGUCUAAAGCUGAAAUCACUCGACUCAAGCAGCAGAAUGCUCUUCUCAUCCAAUUAUUGGAGUCAGAGAAGGUUAAGGCUGAACGCGCCAAAGACGAACUGAUGAAACAGUUCUCGAGUUUACUUGGUAACUUCACAGCCGAACGAGAUCGAAGCCUCAGAGAAACCUUCUCGCAGAUGACGAAGAGUAAUGCGUCUGCGGAGGAGGGAAUGCUCAUCUUUAGCAGUCAGCAAGGAAAAGCUGUUGAUGCUGUCGUAGCAAGUGGCAGAGAUUGGAGUGCCGCUCUUGAGAAGUCUGGCGUUGAGGUCAAGAAAGCGCAAGGCAGUGGACAGAAGGCUGUUGAUACUCUAGCUGCUACCUCUCGUGAAGGAUUGGCUACAACACAGAAGACGGUCACUACCUUCACGGUCACUUAUAGUAACAAUCUGAAGAGGCAGCUAGACACUUCAAAUGCAUCGUUGCACGAGGCAUACGACCAGAUGUCUCGCGCAAAGAGAGCCAGGAUUGAUACCACCGAUUCCUUGGCCACCGACGCUCAGUCGGGUUACAGGUUCAUGCAACGUGCAGUGGCCUCGACCUCACGUAACAUUGACUUGACGUCAAGCAAGAUAGUAUCUGAGGUUGGUACAAUUCAGCAUCUGUCCAUAUAUGUCAAAUACUCACCUUAUAUGCAGGCGACCGGUCUCUCCAAUGCAAUGGAGAGCUACCGCAACACCGGCACGAAUCAACUCUCUACCAUUCGCCAGACGACGCAGAAUCUCCUUGAGAAUGGCACGAAGGAGGAUACCCCCACUGGCACAACACCUAGGAAACGUUCUUGGACAUUCACAGACGAGUGGGAAUUGACCAACAAUCGUGAAGUUAUUCUCCAAGAUUGGCGACGACGCGGCACUUCGUCGAGCAAGAGUGAUACGUUCAUCGCUGAACAUCUUCCUCUGCCCGAUGGCGGGCUUUCAGAAGACGAACAGGAUGCGAUGACAGAGAGCGAAGCUGAAGAUCAAGGCCAGGAUGAGACAAUCAAAAUUGCCUCUCCAGUCUCCGUAGCGCCCGCAAGUCUUGCCUCGUCAAGGUCCUCAUCGUCAUCUGAGCCUUCUGCCCUGGAGCUCUCUACAUCCUCGACGUCAUCAAGAGCCCCGUCUGUAGCCGGCAAUGCGAAACCUUCGAGACCACCAAGCAGGAUGAGGUCGGGAUUGCCCACCAAAGGAACACUAACCGAACGAUCGACCAAUAUUGUGGGACUACGAGGGGUUAAGCGGCCUACACGCAGAUAAUCCAUAAAGCUCUAUUAUUUGUUGAAUUUCUUUGAUUUGGGAUGCGUUCUUCUCUGUUUAUUCUAUCUAUUAGUUCACAGUGUAUCAAUGGAUGAAGCUAAGCUUGUAGUCU